CUUAAAUAGUAUGAUUCCCAUCGUUCCAUUUUUAAAAUCAUUUGUUCAAGAAGGGUAACAGUUCUUCACUGCUAAAGAGGUUUUCGAGAAGAAGCAAAAUGAAUUAAUGUAAUUAAUAUUUGAUAUAACUCAAUCACUUGAUUAAGUAGAAUACUUCAAUAACAUAUAAGAAGAGUUAUAUAGUAAUUAAUAAAAGGAUUUUAUAAAGUAAUGCAAGGAUGUUUUGCACUAAAGUGAGUAGUUAGUCCAAUAAUUACCAUGCAAUUUAACUUUGUAAAACAAUUGAUUCAUAUAAAUUCAAGAAUAAAUGGUUAUUUAUUUAGUAAAAGUAAUAACUACAAAGAGUUAUUGUAACAUUUAGAAGAACUUAACAAAAUAAAUUUAUAAAUUCGUGAAUUAGAAUUACAAUCUUAUGAAGUCUUAAAAACUGUGAGCAUUCCUGAUUUUUCAAGAAAAAAAUAUUUUUAAAGUAAAUACGUUUAAUUAUGUUUUAGCUGUGCAUGAAAUUUAGAUUUUUCUUAAACUUAAGGCUCCUAAAGAAAUAAAAGAAAUCUUUGAAUCAUAUCCUCGACAUUUAAAAACUGAAUAUACUUUUAAGUCUCAAAUGGUUGAAGAUGAAAAAUCUAAAAAUAUUUUCAACUUUUCAAGAAAAGAAUUUAUGAAAUUGUAAUAAAUCAAAAAAGAUGCCUAAAUUUAUACUAUUUCAAAAAAGUAACAUUGCUCUUUAGAACUAAGAAAAAUUUAAUAAAAUUAAUUAUAAAUUAAGUAAAAAUUUUAGGAAGAUGAGACAUAAUUUAACAGUGAAAUAAGCAGGGAUUAAGAGAUACAAAAUUUAGCAAAGCUUUUUAAACUAUAUCUAGUAGUAAAUGGAAAAAAUGGGAUCACUAUUAUUAGAGAACAGCAGUAAAGAAUAUAUGUAGGAUGUGGAGAAGACUUUGAAUUAUUAGAAAAAGAUGAAAUUAUCAUUCUAUCAAACUCUAAUUAAGAGACUUUAAUAUCAUAUAUCAUACAAAGGUUUAUUAUUUAAAAAUUAUGA